CCCUCCGCCUUGCGCGCUGGGGAAACCGAGGCACAGAGCGGCGGCGUGGGGCCAGGCGGGACCGUGGGGCCGGAGUCGAGGCACCCGGCCGCCCCCGGCCCCCAGCUCAUCCGGCUGCGCCGGCGGAGCCUCCCGGCAACCCGGGCUCGCCGCCGCGCCGGCACGUGCCGACGCCAGGCCAUGGUCACCGGCGACAGCGCUCGAGGGGAGCGGAGGCCGGGGUCUGUCUGCAGGUGUGGAGGGAAGCCCAUGGCACCCGGACCCCCGGACCCCCCCCGCGCCAAGCCCCGGCCCCGCAGCCCCUAACGCCCCGAGGCCCCCCCCGGCCGGCCCCGGGGAGCCCGAGCAGGUCGCCCCCGCGCCGCUGAGCCAUGCGGGAUCGCCCGGCCCCCUCUCCGCCAGAGCCAUGAGCGGCUGCCGGUACAAUGGGGGGGUGGCACGGCCCCGGGGCCCCCUGAACGCCUCCGCUCGCAGCCUGCACCCGCUGGAGGGUGAGACCCAGCCGCUGCGACCCCACCGUCCCCCCGGCCUCGAGGUGGUGGUCUCACGGCCGGAGCAGCCCGGGGGUCCGGAUCCCGGCCCGGCGGCGGCCCCGGGGCAGGAUGCGGCCGAGGAGCGGCGACGAGGACCCCGGAGGAACCAGAACAUCGGGUACAAGCUGGGGCACCGGCGAGCCCUCUUCGAGAAGCGGAAGCGCCUCAGCGAUUACGCCCUCAUUUUCGGGAUGUUCGGCAUCGUGGUGAUGGUCACGGAGACGGAGCUGUCCUGGGGGGUCUACACCAAGGAGUCAUCGUAUUCGUUUGCACUGAAAUGCCUUAUCAGCCUCUCGACCGUCAUCCUCCUGGGGCUCAUCGUCAUGUACCACGCCAGGGAGAUCCAGCUCUUCAUGGUGGAUAACGGCGCCGACGACUGGCGCAUCGCCAUGACCUACGAGCGCAUCUUCUUCAUCGCCCUGGAGCUGAUCGUCUGCGCCAUCCACCCCAUCCCCGGCCAGUACCUCUUCACCUGGACGGCGCGGUUGGCUUUCACCUAUGCCGCCUCGGUAGCCGAUGCCGAUGUAGACAUCAUCCUCUCCAUCCCCAUGUUCCUGCGGCUGUACCUGAUCGGGCGCGUCAUGCUGCUGCACAGCAAGCUCUUCACCGACGCCUCCUCCCGCAGCAUCGGUGCCCUCAACAAGAUCAACUUCAACACCCGCUUCGUUAUGAAGACCCUCAUGACCAUCUGCCCCGGCACCGUCCUCCUGGUCUUCAGCAUCUCCUCCUGGAUCAUCGCCGCCUGGACGGUCCGUGUCUGCGAGAGGUACGUGGGGUACCACGACAAGCAGGAGGUGACCAGCAACUUCUUGGGGGCAAUGUGGCUGAUCUCCAUCACCUUCCUCUCCAUCGGCUACGGGGACAUGGUGCCGCACACCUACUGCGGGAAGGGCGUGUGUCUGCUCACCGGCAUCAUGGGUGCCGGCUGCACCGCUCUGGUCGUCGCUGUCGUUGCUAGAAAGCUAGAGCUCACCAAAGCGGAGAAACACGUGCACAACUUCAUGAUGGAUACGCAGCUAACGAAGCGGGUGAAAAAUGCUGCUGCCAACGUACUCAGGGAAACGUGGCUCAUCUACAAACACACCAAGCUGGUGAAGAAGAUCGACCAUGCCAAAGUUCGGAAACACCAGCGUAAGUUCCUCCAAGCCAUCCAUCAGUUGAGGAGCGUGAAGAUGGAGCAGCGGAAGCUGAACGACCAGGCCAACACGCUGGUGGACCUGGCAAAGACCCAGAACAUCAUGUACGACAUGGUCUCGGAGCUGCAGGAGCGUAACGAGGACCUGGAGAAGCGGCUGGGCGCCCUGGAGAGCAAGAUGGAGGCGCUGGGGCUGAGCCUGCUGGCGCUGCCGGGGCUGGUCAGCCAAGCCCUGGGGCAGCAGCAGCGUGAGCUCCUGGGGAGCUGGACCCCCCGUCUCUGCUCCGCCACGGCCCCUUGCACCCCCACCCGAACCCCCAGGUCCCCUUCCACCGCCCCCCCCACCUCCUCGGACAGCGGGUGAUGGGGUGGGGGGUGGCCGGGGCCCCUCUUAUGUCUGGCCAUCGUGUGGCUGAUUUCAGUAGCUUUGUUCUGUAAAGCCCUGUAUAAAUUUCCUGCGUUCACUGUG